UGGUUGGUGGAAGGUGGAAGUUAUAUAUACAAUUCCAAAAUGUCCAUUUCGUCACAUCUUAGCAAAGACUGCCGCUAAUUUUCUUACGGCCCUGAGCCCUGAUGUCACCAUUCGCAUUACCAUUACGCAUUCGCACUCGCCAAGUAGACAAAUUUAAAUGGUACAGUGCUCCAUCAAAACAAUUCAACAAAUAAGUUUGAAGUAAAGGCUGGGUUUCUCAAGAACGUCUACAGUCUACAUUGGUGCGCAACGUUUGCCAUUUGAUUUGAGGUUUGAUUGAAAAUGGAAAACCAGAACAACCUAAUCUCGCCCGACAUCCUCGACGAUCUCGCAAGUCGCUUCAUCAUCAAUGUACCGGAGGAGGAGAGAAAAGACAUAGUGCGUAUCUGCUUUCAAAUUGAACUUGCCCACUGGUUUUAUCUUGACUUUUACUGCAACAAGCACAGCAAUAACCGAAAAUGCACCAUCAAGGAUUUUGUUUAUAGCAUGUUCAAGCACAUUCCAUUCCUGAACAAGUACCGCAAGAGCGCAGAGGAGACGUAUGAGAUGUGGCGUCAGUACAAAAUGUCUGUUCCAACUUUUGGAGCAAUAAUCCUUGAUCAAGAUUUGACUCACAUCUUGCUUGUCCAAGGCUUCUAUUCAAAGUGUUCUUGGGGCUUCCCAAAAGGCAAGAUCAAUGAAGGAGAAGAGUGGUCUCGUUGUGCAGUCAGAGAGGUGCUUGAGGAGACCGGUUUUGACAUCAGCCCAUACCUCAAUGAACAGGACUUUCUAGAGCAUGUGUACAACGACCAGCUGAUCAGACUUUACGUAAUUCCCGGAGUGCCUCGAAACACUGGUUUCAUGCCAUCAACACGCUGUGAAAUCAAAUCCAUCCAAUGGUUCCCAGUGGACCAGCUGCCUUGCACCAAGAAAGACACUACGCCUAGAGAUAAGAUGGGACUGGGUGCUAACAGUUUCUUCAUGAUCAUCCCCUUCAUGAGGCGCAUCAGACUAUGGAUCGAUAACAAGAAGGCAAGGGUAGUGAACGUCAAGCCACUCAUGGCAGAGCGGAAGCAACAAAUUCCAUCAGGAGAGCAAGAGAGAAAGGCAAUUCCAAAAAAAGCCUCCCAAAUUGAGAGCCAGCAUGCGGUCAAAGCUACCAAGAAAGCUAGCGGAAAGCGCAUCUUGCCUAUUACCAAUUCACCACCAAACUUUCUGAAGAGUCGGUUGAGGUUUGACAAGAAUGGAACCGCCAUAAUUACUGCCCCGUCAUGGACCAACUUCCACUUUGACCGUUCAGCUUUGCUGAAGCAGCUGACAAGUUAAGAACUGCAGCUGAAAUACCCAGAGUGAUUACUGUGGGAGGUAUUAUUAAGUGAUUAAGUGAUAUCAAGGUGUUAACAUAUUUUAUAUUUAUUUAUUGUAUGUUCUAAGUACUUGAUACUUAUCACCGUCAAGGCCCACUUUUUGUAAAACCUGUAAUUAACGGGUCGUUCUUUACAAGACCUUUUCCAUACCAAACUGAACAAUGAGCUGUUGGAUUUGAAUUGGAUGAAAUAGGGCAUGGUGAUACCCUUAGGGUCAACCUAAGGUAUAUUCCCACAUUGCCUAUUUUACAAGGGCCAAAAUCAGCAUUUUUAUUUCCAAAAUAGUUUUCUUUAAUUUGGUUUGCCAAAGGCCUAAUACUAAUUUAUUUGAAUGGAGAAUAAAUAAUUCAUUAAAUAAAAUUCCAGGAGCAAUCUCGAGGCAUACUCUGAAAGUCUGGUUUCUAACUAAGUUGGCUGAAAUUUAAUGUUGAUGAUUCUCUAAUUCAAUGGAUUUUAAUAUAAAAUUAAAUUUACUGUUUUGUAAAAUUUUGACUUUAUUGUGCUGAAAUAAGUUUUGUGAUUGACAACAUGAAAGACAUGCUGUUCCAUUUUUAAAGCAAAAUCCAUGAUGAGAUAUUUAGAUAAGCUAAAAGUUUAUUGCAUUAGACAAUAAUAUGGACCAGAUAUUUGUUAAGGUUCCAGCGUCAAGAAAGAUAAAUCAUAAAAGAGUCGACUUGUGACUUAAAUGAUUGUAAAGUUAAAAUCAUGUUUAAAAAUCUUGUAACAGAUGACAUUAUCACAAUUGAACACAAAUAGUUUAAAGAACAGCUUUAAAAAUUUACAGAGGCCAGUAUUUCUUUACAGAGCUAUCCACUCCCUAAAGCUUUUAUUUUAUAUUCUUAAAAAUAAUCAACUAAAAAUUUUCAAAACGUCCCAAAUAUUAUUUUACUUUGAGGACUCAUUUCAGCAGUGGCCAAUGAUUUACUUUGUGUUCUUAAUAUAAAAUUAUUUGGACUAUAUAAUGGCUAUAAAAAUGAAUUGCAGUUAUUUGGCUUGUAUCCAGAAAAAUAUUCAAUGCCAAACUCCCGUUUUAUGCUAAAAAAAGUUUAUGCUGGAGAAUAUUUAAACAAAUGUUUUUCUUUGUAACUAAAAAUUUCCUUAAAAGCCA